AUGGGAACAAGAUGGACUUGCCCUGGACUUUCCCUACUUGUGCUCCUCUGUUAUGGGCAGCUCUUGCUAUGGCUCAGGACUGUGGGAGAGCCAAGCUUAGAUGAGUUCUACAAUGAAACUCAGGCAAGGCUGUUCCUGCAGUUUUACGAGCAAACAGCCAAAGUUGUGUUGAACGAGUUCAUGGAGGCCACUUGGAACUAUGUCACCAACAUCACCAGGCGAAAUCGAGAGAUCAUGCUGCAGAAGGAGAUGGAGAGGUCUCAGCUCAUGUUGUACUUUGGUAGCCGAGCUCGCAUGUUUAAGACAAACUAUUUCCACGACCCGGAAGUGAAGCGCAUGCUGAGUAAGCUGCAGAACGUAGACAAGUCGGCCUUGCCCACGGAGGAUCUCCGGGAGUACAACAGACUUCUGACCUACAUGGAGACAACAUACAGUACAGCUGAGGUGUGCAUGGAUGAGGGUCCCUGCUUGUCUCUGGAGCCUGAACUUGAAGAAAUCAUGGCCACCUCCAGGGACCAGAAGGAGCUCAUAUGGGCCUGGCGGGGCUGGCGGGAUGUUGUGGGUCGCCAGAUCCGCCCUGUCUACGAGUACUAUGUACAUCUCAGCAACAAGGCAGCGCAAUAUAACGGGUACAAAGACAUGGGGGCUUUGUGGAGAUCCCAGUACGAGACUGACACCCUGAAAGAAGACAUGGAACAACUCUUUGAGGAACUGCAGCCGCUCUACCUGAACCUCCAUGCCUAUGUGCGACGAUCACUGUACCGAUACUAUGGGCCUGAGAUCAUCGACCUGCGGGGGCCCAUCCCUGCCCACCUCCUGGGGAAUAUGUGGGCUCAGUCCUGGGACAACAUCCUGGACCUGGUGCUGCCCUUCCCAAAAAAGCCACCUGAGGACAUCACAAAGAUCAUGAAGAACCAGAACUGGAGGCCUGAAAAAAUGUUUCAAGAGGCUAACAUCUUCUUAACCUCUUUGGGACUGCUGUCCGCCCCCCCUGAUUUCUGGAUAAAAUCAAUGCUGGAGAGGCCAGCUGAUGGGCGGGAAGUAGAGUGUCAUGCCUCCUCCUGGAACUUCUACAAAGGCGAUGAUGUCAGGGUAAAGAAGUGCACCGAGGUGACCCUAGAAGACCUGCUCUCCAUCUUCCACCAGAUGGGCCAUAUCCAGUACUACUUGCAGUUCCAGAACCUCUCUAUAAUCUACCAACAAGGUGCCAGCCCAGCCUUUGAAGAGGCUGUGGGGUCAGUGAUCACCCUCUCAGCCUCUUCCCACAAGCACCUGCUCAACAGAGGUCUGCUCAGCCACCCGAACCAGGAUUCAGAGGAGGAGGUCAACUACCUGUUAGGCAUUGCCCUGGAGAAGAUUGCCUUCAUCCCAUUCAGCUACAUGAUGGACGUGUUUCGUUGGAAGGUCUUUGAUGGCACUAUUUCCAAGAACAUCUACAACCAGGAGUGGUGGAACUUCAGGUUGAAGUUCCAGGGCCUGUGCCCACCUGUUCCUCGGUCAGAAGAAGAUUUCGACCCAGGGGCCAAGUUCCAUGUUUCUGCCAGUGUGCCCUACGUCCGGUAUUUCCUCAGCCUAGUGCUCCAGUUUCAGUUUCAUGAAGCACUGUGCAGGGCCGCAGGCCAUGUGGGCCCUCUGCACAGGUGUGAUAUCUAUAACUCCAAGGUGGCCGGGAAGAUGCUCCAGGAUAUCCUGAAGCAGGGCUCCAGCCGGCCCUGGCAGGAAAUCCUAAUGGAGAUGACUGGAGAGUCCAAUGUAUCCGCCAAGGCCUUCUUGAACUACUUCAAGCCGCUGCUGAACUGGCUGGUGAAUGAGAACGUGAAGCAAGGGGACAUCCUUGGCUGGCCAGACUUCAGCUGUUCUUUUGAAGAAAAAACCGGAAACAAAGUGUUAUUCCUGGGUAUGGAACUGGAGCCAGAGCAAGCAUACCUGGGCCAGUGGGUACUGUUGAGCAUGAGUUUUGUCAUGUUCCUCCUCAUCCUGGUGCUGGGCUGUAGGCUGCACUACUUGGAAAAACAGUCACUGGACAAGGACACUAUGAUACUCAGCACCCUGCCUUACACCUACUUCCUGGGCAUAGCCAUGGAACCCCGUCAAGCAGCCCGGAAACAGUGGAUCCUGCUGGGCCUCUGCUUCUUCCUGACCCUGUGCUCUCUUGGUCUACUCAUUCGGAUGCUCACACAUCAAAACAGGAAGCCUCCAUGGAUGAGACCUGAGUCACAGAGCUGGGAGCAGCCAACAUAG